AUGAAAUCGAAAAUAGUUAUUGCUACUUUAUGUGUUUUUCUAUGUGAAUACAGUGUUAGCGCUUUAAGUUUUCCCGGACCUCGAGUGUAUGUAGUUACACCAUCAACGCGAAUUCUGAAAAAAGAUGAAGGGAAGCCAACUCCAUUUUACUAUCAUAAUUGGAUGAGAAGGAUGGAUACAGGGCCAGACACUACAACAAGUACAACCACAGAGCCCGCAAAGGUGAAGACUCCUGAUUUAAUAUUUGCAGAAUUUGAGUCUGAUGGCUCUCAGCAGAAGUCAAUAAGAAAAUUACUGGAAAAUGAAAGAACCUAUCCAAAGAAAAGUACCAUGAGUCCCAUAUAUGUACCUGAUGAUGAAGAAAACAAAGUCACACGUGUUGUUAAUUAUGGGUUGCCGGUUAAAACAAUUAACCAAAAUGAUAGCUCCACCGAAAAUAAUAGUUAUAUUUUAAUGUCACACGAUGAAUAUAAUAAUAAUUUUCCCGAUCCAGAGUAUGUAACAGCUUCGCAACCGACUUUACCAACGACAGCAAAAAUAACGACAACUACUCAAUCACCAAUCAAUAUUCAGAAUAUAUGGCAUGUGAUUGACAGUGAAAAAGCUGAUAAGUAUUUGAAUAAAUGGGAAGAAAUAUCAUUUGAUCCUAAAACUGGAGAAAAUACCAAUAUCGCGGCUACCGACCAUGGUAGUGGGAAUGAGAAAAAUCACCGACCAGUUACCGAUGAAGUUUUCAAACAAGAAUAUGACGAUGACGAUGUAAAGAUUGAUGACAAUUUUGCAUUACCAGGAUUUGUCACAAAUCCUGGAAAUGGAGCCGAAAAUGAAUCUAGAGCUAUACGGACGGAACAAAAUAUACGAUUUCCGUACGUUAAUCUUAAACCAUUCCAAAUGAAGCCAUCAAAGAAACCUUUACUUAACAAUAUAUCAAAUGGUAAAAAGAGUAAUUUAUUUACAUCUUUAGAUAACUUCUACGAUUUAAAAAGUCCCGUAAGAGGAGAAGCUCAAGAUAUCGUCCCUACAGCUCCCAUUGACCGUUACAAUCCAGCCCAACCAUACUUACCGCAGCAGAAAUAUGGCAGCAAUUUGUCAAAACAGUCAAGCCCAGGAAAAGCAACUGCUAGCUUAGUGCCCCCGCCUCCACCUCAACCAAGCCCAACUGGUAUUGAUUUUCCAGAUCCAAUUAGUUAUGAAUCUUUUCCCCCCUAUGCACCAUCUGGUCCUGAUUUCGGACCAGCGCCUGCACCUGCACCCCCUGUUUCUGUAUCGAUAGCACCUUCAAAUACUGUAGAUUUCGACGCAUCGGUUCCAAAUCCCAGUGAUGAUGGUCCUAUAAUGGAUACAAUUUAUCGUUAUAAACCUUCAUCUGCCAUUGGCGAUAGUGAUAAUACUGCUCCUAUGAUGAACACAGGAUACAACUACAAACCACCAUCCGCCCCCACACCUCAAUUCUAUCCUACGCCUGUACCACCGAGUAAACCGUUUCAAGGCUAUUCAUACAAUAAACCCAGCAUGACUUCUGAUACCUCUCCUAUGACAGUGGCUGAUAAGCCUGAAUUUCAGGGAUAUCAUUAUAGUAAGCCAGUUUAUCAUAAACCGCCUGUCGCUGACAUGCCACCGCACUAUGGGUCCCACCCUACCUACGGUCACGACGGUUUCCCACCUGUUACAUAUGAACAUGACGAUUCACCUCCUCAUAUUUAUGGACACGAUGAUGCUCCUCCACAUAUUGAUGAAGACGACUAUUCUCCACCUCAUAGUCAUCAUUCUGAUGACGAUAUGACUUACAGUAGUAAACCAUACGGCGAUGUUAAAGGGGGAGAUGAUAUGAAUGGUCAUGAUAUGGGUAUGAAGCCACCAGCACCACCGUCACUUAAUACUGAUGUUAAACCAGGCGCUUACGGACCUUCACCGGAUGAUCAUGGAUUUCCAAGCGAUUUUCCGACGGACUUCAAAUUCCCUCCAGAUUUUAAUGAUCAUUAUCAUGAUCAUGAACACGAACAUUACCAUAUCGUUGAACAUCCGACAACAACUACGGAAACGCCUCGAGUCAAUCGAUUUAGUUACUAUUACUUAGGAAAGAAAUUGUAUUAUCUACCAUUGUAUUUUAGUGUGUACUUUAUAAUUUAUGUAGGUGCUUUAAUCAUAAAGGCUGUAUUGAGACACAAAAUUGUAUACCCUAAUAGUUGGAGACCAAAUACUACGACAUCCACUUUCUUUUCAAAAAGAUCAGUUGAUCAAUAUCUUUCUCAUGAAAAUCUUCAUGACUUAACAAAAAAAGUUACUCAUGCCAUCUCUACAGCCGCAGAAAAGUAUAUGGAUAAUAAAAACUACGAAUAA